UUCGCAGCAUAGCAGGGAGAACGGAGCGAGGCGAGUGUAUAGGAGAGAAGAGACAGUGAGAGAGGGUGAGAGCGAGUGAGACGGUGAGCGAGUAGUCCGACACGAAUGUCCUCCUCCUGGAGACGCCGAUGAGCCCGCCUCGCGUUCCUGAGCGUGCCGCUUGACAACGCUCAAGGCCAGCUGGGUCCACGGCGUCCGCGCACGUCCCCAUCCACGGGUCCCACUAGCCUUGGGAGGGGGGCUGCGCGUUUUUUCAGGGGCACCUGACAUUUCCUGUGACAGACUGACUUAUACUGGACCAUGGCACAGACCAACACUGGCGGGCAGGGGACCAAUGGGGUGGCUGAUGAGUCCCCCAAUAUGAUCGUGUAUAGAAAGAUGGAGGAAGUAAUAGCACGCAUGCAGGCGGAGAAAAAUGGCAUACCGAUCCGAACAGUCAAAAGUUUCCUCACCAAGAUCCCCAGUGUUUUUUCAGGUUCUGAUAUUGUACAGUGGAUGAUCAAGAAUCUAGACAUUGAAGAUCAAGUUGAAGCUCUUCACCUUGGAACGCUGAUGGCUGCGCAUGGCUACUUCUUUCCUAUCUCAGACCAUGUCCUCACCCUCAAAGAUGACGGCACUUUCUAUAGGUUUCAGACUCCAUACUUUUGGCCAUCAAAUUGCUGGGAACCAGAAAACACAGACUAUGCUGUUUACCUCUGCAAAAGAACAAUGCAAAACAAAGCACGUCUGGAGCUUGCAGACUACGAGGCGGAGAGCUUAGCAAGGCUACAGCGAGCUUUCGCCAGGAAAUGGGAGUUCAUUUUUAUGCAAGCCGAAGCACAAGCAAAAGUGGAUAAGAAAAGGGACAAAAUUGAGAGGAAAAUUCUUGACAGUCAAGAAAGAGCGUUCUGGGAUGUGCACAGACCAGUGCCUGGAUGUGUAAAUACAACAGAAGUCGACAUUAAGAAGUCCUCCAGAAUGAAAAAUCCACAUAAAACCAGAAAGUCCGUGUACGGGCUGCAGAAUGAUAUCCGCGCACACAGCCCAACCCACACCCCAGCCCCUGAAGCCAAGCAACCGACAGAAGAGGAACUGCAGGAGCAGAUUACAUUUUGGCAAUUGCAAUUAGACCGACAUCGACUGAAAAUGUCCAAAGUGGCAGAGAGUUUGCUGGGCUACACAGAGCAGUACAUAGAAUACGACCCCUUCCUUACACCGCCAGAUCCCUCCAACCCCUGGAUAUCAGAUGACACCACACUGUGGGAACUGGAAGCAAGUAAGGAGCCUGGCCAGCAGAGGGUAAAGAGGUGGGCUUUCGGCAUUGACGAGGUUUUCAAAGACCCAGUGGGGAGGGAACAGUUCCUCAAGUUCCUCGAGUCUGAGUUCAGCUCGGAGAAUCUCAGGUUCUGGCUAGCGGUCCAGGAACUAAAAAAACGUCCCAUCCGAGAAGUCCCAACUCGGGUUCAGGAGAUCUGGCAGGAGUUUUUGGCUCCGGGCGCACCCAGCGCUAUUAAUGUGGACUCCAAGAGCUAUGACAAAACCACCCAGAAUGUCAAAGACCCGGGACGCUAUGCCUUUGAAGAUGCACAGGAACACAUCUACAAGCUGAUGAAGAGUGAUUCCUACAGCCGCUUCAUUCGGUCCAGUGCCUACCAGGAGUUAUUGCAGGCCAAGAAAAAGAAGAGCAAGAACCUCUUCUGAAAGCUGUUUUCCAGGAAAGGAUCAUCAGGAUUCAAGUGGCGGACAGUCGUGUGCCAUCAUGCUUAAAAACAACAACGAAAAUAAAUCAAUGCCAUUUCUUCCUCUCUCUCUCUGGGACAUGGAGAGCAGCCAUGACAUCUCGCCAUCACCAUUGUCUAUCGGCCCAGAUGGGUGAAUAGGGAGCCGGGCCCAAUCUGUCUGUCUCUCAUCCACCAGCCGUUGCACGUCCACGGAGACAAGGAUGCUCCUUCUCCUCUUCUUAUAGUAACGGACAUUAUAGGAUUACUUUGAAAAAAAUAAAAAAUAAAAAAAAUAAAAAUAAAGAGGUAACCUGGCUGGACUUGUGAGGGAUGCGAAAAAAGCCAAAUCCAGUUCUGUUCCUGAGCUUCUCAUCCACACUGCUGGAUCUCUUCCGGCAAACAAAUGAUGUCAGAAAGAGAGAAAAAGAAAAAAGAGGAAGAAGUUAAUAAAACUUACACACAGAAAAUAAAUAAGCUUCAAAUGAUAAAUUUAGCGUCAUUGCUUUACAUGAUGACAUCAGAGAACCUUUGUCACAUUAUGGGAAAGUGUUGUUCAGAAUGAAUAUAAAAAAUAUAUAUACAUACAUACACCAAUAUUACUAUGAUUGUUUAGUGUGAAUUUAUUUAGUUUUGCAUUAUUUUGUUGCACUACAAUAAUCGGCACUUAAUUGGUUUCCAUUGCACCUGUAAGUCACAUCCAAACCUCGAAGAGGAUACUGUCUGCCGUAUUGUACAACGUAACGUUUUUUUUCCCUCCCUGCAUUUAUUUUUAUACCAUAUUUAAAGACACUUUUACUUACUUGUACUAUUAAAGUCGGCCCUCUGUCUGUAAUUGUUGCUCGUCUGUGGGGAUUCUCAGUCGCCCAGCAUGCAGUGACUUGGAGGAUACAAGCGUACUUGAUCUUUCAACCACUAGAGGGGGAUAGUUUAUUUUCCAAAAGAAGUGAGGCUAAGCAGUAUUCAAAGAAUGGAUGGAUUGAAAGAAAUGGGCUUCAGCAAAUAGAAGAGAAUAAUCCAUCAUGGUGCUGUGACCAAGAUUGGUUCGCACAGUUUGAGUAUAGUUCACAUGGAAUUAUUCAUCUCAUUUUUGUUCCCCUCUUUGUUUUGUCACUGAAGACAACUGCUCAUUUUCUUUCUUGUCGUUUCUUUCUUUAAAAAAAAAAAAAAAAAAAAAAAUCCCCACAUUUAUUAAUUUUACAUGAAUAGAACUUUGCAUUUUAAGUUUUUGCUUUUUGUGUAUAUUGUUUUCUAUAUUCCGAAUUUGUCAUUUUCAGGGUAGGUUUCUUUUUCUAUUUGCAGUCUUUUUAAAAGGAAAAAAAAAAAAAAAUAUAUAUAUAUAUAUAUUAGGGCUGUCAAACGAUUAAAAUGUUUAAUCGAGUUAAUUACAGCUUAAAAAUUAAUUAAUCGUAAUUAAUCGCAAUUAAUCGCAAUUCAAACC